UAGGUUCUGUCGAAGGUGUUGCUCUCGCCGGACGGAAUGGUUUCGAUCAUGCUCAAAGACAAGGCUGGUUACUGGUACGCUAACUAUCAGGGUCAGAACGAAUGCGACCACUACGGAAUAUGUGGUCCUUUUGGGGUUUGAAAAGUCACAGAGUCUCCAAUGUGUAAGUGCUUAAAAGGGUUUAAGCCAAAAUCAGUGGAAGAGUGGAAUAAAGGGAAUUGGAGUGGAGGGUGUGUUUAGGCAAACUGAGUUGGUUUGCCAAAAGAAAAGUAGUAAUAAUGUUAGUGAGAAUGGGCCAAGGGAUGAGUUUGCCAAGAUUGGAAAGCUUAUUCGUUUAUCAGUGGGAUAGGUUGUUUGGUUUGUUCAGACACCCUUGUUUGAAUCUAGUGGAGAUGAUCUGUUUUUUCGCCUUGCACAUUCAGAACUACAAGGGGGAGGACAUUUGAGUAAGACCAAAAUCAUUAUCGGCCUUGUUGUAGCUGUUUCUGCUGGUGCAGCAUUAUUAGCUGUUGUAGCCUUUGGUUUGCAUAGACGAAAAGCUAAGAGAAAAAGAACUGCAGCAAAUAAUGAUUUGAUUUGGACAAGUACUAACUUGAAGAGAGGAGACGAUCAACCCGAGCUUCAUUUUUUUGACUUGGAUAGCAUACUAAUGGCCACAAAAAAGUUUAGUAUUACAAACAAACUUGGUCAAGGAGGAUUGAAUGUGUUUUGAAAAUCCAAACCAGGAGCUUGCUGAAAACCUCUCACAACCAACCUUGCUUUAAAUUUGUCAACCUUGCUUUAAAUUUGUCAAGAGAGCCAUCUUUCUUAUAUUUAGUCCUGAAGAUCCAUUUGUUUGUCAAGAUAUUCAUUUCUGGAGUAGGUGGAACCAGAACCAUAAUUCCUGUAGUGUUUGUUCUUAGCUUAUUGUGUUGUAUUGUUGAGGCUUGCUGUUUCUAGCCUUUGGCUUCUGUUAGUUGGUUUUUGUCUGUAUUUUUGCUUGUUUGAUUAAUGAAGUUCAUCCAUUCUUCUUGAUAAAAAAAAAAAAAAAAUCAUAUUACUAACAAAAUGAACGGCCGGCAAAUUGACUAAGGGAGUGUUUGUUUUAUACGAAUUGCCGAUUGAAGUGUCCAAAAUGGGAGUUUUUUUUUCCUUUUUUGGAGUCAAUCAUGGGAGUUGACUAUGAAAGCGCGUGGGACUGUAAGCAUGCAUGAUGUAUUGUAUGGUAUAAAUAUAUAUAUAUAUAUCAACAUUUAAUAAGCACUGUUUGUGUUGGGAAUGAGGAAUAUGGCUUCAUUGCAAUCAGAAUGUGUUAGUGUAUUAUUACUAUUAAUGCUCUUCUUGGCAGUGACACCAUUCAAAUGCAAUGCCCAAUCUCUUAUUCUUCCCCACGAUGAAGUGGAAGCUUUUAAAGAAAUAGCUAAUCAACUGAACAAGUAUGACGACGGGCACUUUGAUGAUCCUUGUCAUCUACCAGCUUCUAAUAAUGAAUAUUACACAAAUCAAGUCUUCUGCAAUUGCUCCAGCUCUGCUAAUAAUGAAUGCCAUAUCGAAAGACUUUAUUUUUCAGGACAGAAUCUGGAUGGCAAGCUUCCAUCAUCACUAUGGAAACUACCUUACCUUAAGGAAGUAAAUCUACAACGGAACUUACUCAGUGGUUCGAUACCGCCAGAAUGGGCUUCAACAAAGUUGGAAUCGCUGCUUAUUCAAGUGAACAAUUUAUCAGGGUCAAUCCCUGCCGAAUUAGGAAACAUAACCACUCUCAAAUAUUUGAGCAUGGAGAGCAACUUGUUUUCUGAAACUAUUCCCUCUGAGCUUGGGAAAUUGGUAAACUUGGAAAAAUUGAAUUUAAAUGCAAACAAUCUCACUGGACAGUUCCCUCUGUCCCUCACCAAUCUCUCCAAGUUAUAUGAGCUUAGGAUCAGUAGUAACUACUUCACAGGAAGGAUGCCUGAGUUUGGCAAUUGGAAACAACUUCAGAUAUUAGAGAUGGAAGCAAGUGGUUUCAGUGGGCCAAUUCCUCCUAGUAUUUCUACCUUGGCAUACUUAACAGAAUUAAGUAUAACUGACUUAAAUGGGGAGAACUCGUCAGAUUUUCCCGACUUGAGUAAAAUGACACAACUUUCUGAGUUGACAAUGAGGAGCUGUAAUUUAAGAGGAAAUAUCCCUGAAUAUAUUCUCAAUUUGGGAGAGCUAACUGCCCUGGAUCUUAGCUUUAAUAAGCUAGAAGGGCCACUUCCAAAUUCUCAAAAAUCUCCUCUCUAUAGAUUCAGUUAUAUAUAUUUAACAAGUAACUUACUCAGUGGGCCUAUUCCAACGUGGAAGAACAUAUCCGGAUAUGCUAUGAACAUAGAUAUAUCUUACAAUAACUUUUCAGAGAUAUCUGAACCAUCAACUUGUCAAAAUAAUUUCAAUCAUUUUCAGAGCACAUCUGGUCAUGAAAACAGCUCAAUGCUUAGCAAGUGCUUGGCUCCAUGUUCAAAAGAUUAUUAUUCAUUGCAUAUAAAUUGUGGUGGAAAAGAAACUACCAUUGGAGGCAUAAAGUAUGAAGGGGAUGAGGAAUUUGUAGGUCCUGCAAAUUUAUUCCAUAACUCAGCCUACACUUGGGGAUUUAGCAACACCGGUCAUUUCAGAAAUUCGGAAAAUGAAGAGACAGAAUAUAUAGUAAAUAAUGUAUCUGAAUUAAGAAUGAACAACUCUGAGCUCUACACAACUGCACGCAUCUCGCCUCUUUCGCUAACUUAUUUUGCUCGUUGCUUAAGAAAUGGAAAUUACACUGUGAAACUACACUUUGCAGAGAUAGUAUUUAGAAACAACGGAUCUUAUGAGAGUGUUGGAAGACGAGUAUUUGAUGUUUAUGUUCAGGGAAAACGGGAGUUGUCAGAUUUCAACAUUAAAGAGGAAGCUAAAGGAGUUGAUAAGGAAUUUAUCAAAGUAAUUAAUGCAGUUGUUGUGAGUCAUAACACAUUGGAGAUCCGCCUCCAAUGGACGGGGAAAGGGACUAGGAAUGUUCCAAAGCCAGGAAAAUAUGGGUCUUUAAUAUCAGCUAUCUCAAUAGAAUCUCUUUAUUCUGUAUCUUCUCAUUCACGGGAAGGACAUUUGAGUAAGACCAAAAUCAUUAUCGGCCUUGUUGUAGCUGUUUCUGCUGGUGCAGCAUUAUUAGCUGUUGUAGCCUUCGGUUUGCCUAGACGAAAAAGAACUGCAACAAAUAAUGAUUUGAUUUGGACAAGUACUAACUUGAAGAGAGGAGACGAUCAACCUGAGCUUCAUUUUUUUGACUUGGAUAGCAUACUAAUGGCCACAAACAAGUUUAGUAUUACAAACAAACUUGGUCAAGGAGGAUUUGGUCCUGUUUAUAAGGGACAACUACAUGGGAAAGAAGUUGCAGUGAAAAGACUGUCUAGCAGCUCAUCACAAGGCUACGAAGAAUUUAGGAAUGAAAUAAUAUUGAUCUCCAAACUACAACAUAGAAAUCUUGUUAAGCUCAUUGGUUGCUGCAUUGAAAAUGAAGAGAAGUUAUUAAUAUACGAGUUCAUGCUCAACAAGAGCUUAGAUACUUUUAUUUUCGAUGAUAGAAGAAGGGUAGAGCUUGAUUGGGCCAUACGAUUCAACAUUAUUGAUGGCAUUGCGAGAGGUCUUGUGUAUCUCCAUCGCGAUUCCAGUUUAAGGGUGAUCCAUCGAGAUUUGAAGUCUAGUAAUAUUCUAUUGGAUGAGAAGAUGACUCCAAAAAUUUCUGAUUUUGGAUUAGCAAGGAUUUUUGAAGGCACUUUAGAUCUAGCAAAUACUCAUAGGGUGGUAGGAACAAUCGGAUAUAUGUCUCCAGAGUACGCAUUGAGAGGAAUCUUUUCAGAAAAAUCUGAUGUGUUUAGCUAUGGUGUGUUAUUACUAGAGAUAAUAAGCGGGAAAAAGAAUACUAGCUUCAAGGAUGAGGAUCAAUACCAAGGCCUUAUUGCAUAUUCAUGGCAGCUAUGGAGUGAAGGCAGAGGAAUAGAGUUGGUGGAUGAAGCAUUAGGCGAGUCAUAUAAUGAAUCAGAGGCAUUGAAAUGCAUACACAUUGGGCUUCUGUGCGUUCAAGACUUUGCCACAGAUAGACCUUCCAUGGCUCAAGUAGCUUCCAUGUUAAGUAACCAAAUAUUUGAUCAACCUCAACCCAAACAACCUGUUUUUACUUUUCAAGCCAGCAGUGGUAGUUAUGAUCCUUCCACACAAAGUGGUAAUAGAUGCUCUGUCAAUGAGGUCACUGUAUCAAUGGUUGAACCACGAUAAAAAAAGAAAAACUUCAACUGUAAAUUAUGUUAAAUGUAUAUUGGGCUACACCUACGCUAUUCAAUAUUUUCUUUUAAAUUUAAUGAACUCCAUUAUGUUAAAACUUGAAAGGAAAUUACUCUAAUGAUUGCAACAAAACCAAAUGUUCUUUUUGUA